UCAGUACUUUGGUGUUACGGUUUGUUUUGUAAAUUUGAAUUUUCAACUUUGUAGUCUAAAUUUUAAGAAAUUAAGGGAAUACGGAAAUUCAGUCAUGGAAGAUACCAGUGGUGAAUCUAAUUUACAACAACCACCCAAAAGACGGAGGUCGACGUUUUUCGAAAGACGAGAUUCAAUAAUGCCCCAGCCUGCACCAGACAAUAUUCUUGACAGUCAAGCAACUAUUAUUGAUGGAGAUGAAAAGAGAAAAGAAGAAUUACUAAGGUAUUAUGACCAGUUGAUGAAUGAAAAGCAGCAAUGGAAGAGAGAAAUAAAUGAAAAACGCAGUAAAUAUCAUGAUUUGAGGCAGCAGCUUGAAAUUGCUACUGCUUCAUCUAGCCGAUCAAAACUGGAUUAUUCAGUACUCACCAGUGAAGAUAUAGAAUUCCUUAAUGCUAAAGUUAACAUUUCAAAACUAGUGGAAAUCCAGCAAGACUUGCACAAAUCAUUGAUGCAAACUAAAGAAUUUUAUAGGAAGGCAUCACAAUUAAAUAAUGUUAUUGUAAGCCACUGUGAAAAUAAAAUUAAUGAAGUAACUGAUUAUAUCAUAGAAAAUAGUACAAUAAGUGAUUAACCCAUUUCAAA